AUGCCUAAAUUCAUUAUUAACACAAAUGUGAGCAAGGAUAAAGUGCCAGAUUGCUUAAUAGAAGAGCUCACCCAGCAACUACCAAAAGCACUGGGCAAACCGGCACAGUAUCUAGCGCUACAGAUCUCUACUGAUCAGCUGCUGUCCUUCCAUGGCUCCAAAGACCCCUGCGCCAUGUGCUUUCUCUACAGCAUUGGCAAGAUAGGAGACCAGGAGAACAAGGACUAUUCCAAGCUGCUGUGUGAUCUGAUGAACAAACAUCUGAAAAUACCUGCAGACAGAAUCUACAUCAGCUACUUUGAUAUGAGCGCUGCCAACGUAGGCUGGAACCGUACCACCUUUGCUUAA